CGUUGCCGUAGGUUUUUUUUUACAAACCCGGAAAAAUGGCGGAUAUUGAGCAAACUUUUCAAAGUGGUUCGCUAGCUUUUGUAAAGUAACUUAGAGUAGAUAUUAUUUCAUCGUUCUUACAGAAACAGUCUUUGAUGUAGUUAGUGACAAACAUAUUCGCAAAUAUAUCCUGUUAUUACUAAUUCCUUUCACUUUUAUUGCCGGUAGUAAUUGUUACCGGUUAGCCUGGUUAUUUUCAGUUUAACUAGAUUUAGGGUCCCCCCUCUCGUGUAUUUUGUUUUGCGUUUCUGUUAACAGAAAUACACUACAACAAAGUGUGGGCCGUUUUAAGAGUUUAUAACAAUCUCGCUAAAGUCAUUGAGCGUAAUCGGAAGUUGUCAUGUGCUAGCUGAAUUAGCUAAGUGCAGCGCCUGUGAGUAACAAGCAGAAGUUUCCUGUCAGCAGAGGAACUUUUAACUGCUCAGCGUUUUAGAGAACUGCAUGAGGAUGAACAGUAUGCUGGCGCUGAAGUGGCGCUGAACUUGACGAAGUGCGGGCGUGUGGAGCUCCAGCGAUGUGCAGGCUUCUCCGCUACUGUUUCAGCCAUUCACUUUAUGCAGCCAUGAGCAGACUGGAGGAGCUUCAGACCGGGGUGAGUGUGUGGACGUCCAUUCGCUACUUGGGCUAUUUGUCCACUCUUAAUCUACUCGUGGCCAUAUGUCUGGGCCUGUAUGCGCGCUGGGAGAGCACAGCAGAACCCGUCCUUCUGGUCAUCUUCAUCCUGGCCCUUUUUGUCUUGGGUAUCGCCAGCAUGCUGUACUACUACUUCGGUAUGGAGAGGUUCAGUUUCGCACUCUUCCACCUGUGGCUGGGUUUCCUUCUGGGCUUGCUGGGUUUUCUCCACAACUCUAACCUAGAUGACUUAAAGGAGCAAGUCAGCAGGUAUAUGCUGAUAGCCAGCAUUGCCAUAAGAAUACUGUGGGCUCUGGUGGAAAGACUCUGCGGCUGCACCAGACAAAAGCCAGCACUUCUGACCUCCGCUGAUUCUUUGGAGCUUUUAGGAUUUGCUGUGGCCAGCAUGACACAGGUGGUCCAUGCCUCCAUGAGCCUCAUAGCCCUGACACUGGCUGUUGCCACUCUGCUCGUGGAUUUGCGCAUGAAGUCCUUCCUGGCCCUUCCUAACCUCAUGUGCUUCUCCGUGGUCACAGCGCUCUUCUUCUUCAGCUCUCUUGGAGUUUCAGCAAACCCCUAUGCGCUGGUGUGCUUCUUCAUACGCCUUGUAUGUGAGCCCAUCUUGGAUAUGUACUUCAGUGGUCUUUCAGUGACUGAGCGCUGGUCCCCGUUACUGAGGAGAGGAGGUCUGUGGAGGCGUCUCAGCCUCCUGCCUCUGAUUACUGUUGAAAUCACGUUCCUGGUCCUGGCUGCAUUCAAGAUGGGUGAUCUGGACCGGUGGUAUGUCGUGAUUCCGGGUUUUUCCGCCUCCAGUGUUUUCUGGAUCAUCUGCCACGUGGUCUUCCUGGUUACACUCUGGGGUUUCCACAACAAGCUGAGCGACUGCCAAAGAGUGUGCGUUGCUCAGAGGGCCAAUCCUGGUGCACUGGACAGGGUGAUGACCUCCAAAGGCAUGCGCCACUUCUGCCUUGUCUCAAAACGCUUGGUGCUCUUCAGCCUUGUGUCCACAGCUGUACUCGGGGCUCUUUCAUGGCAGCCAUUCAACAGCCUGUUCAUUGGUGUGUUUCUGCUCAUCCUGCCUCUCGAGUCUCUGGCUUAUGGCCUUUUCUAUGAGCUGGGUAACUGCCUUGGAGGAACGUGUGUAGGUUAUGCAGUGGUCAUCCCUACCAACUACUGCAGUGUGGAUGGACAGCCCACCCUGCUGCCCCCGGAUGAGGUGCUGGAGCUGAACCUGCGCACCACAGGCAUGCUGAACAACAUGCAGCGCUUCUUCUCCCACAACAUGAUGGAGACUCAUGGCUGUGAUUACUCCAGCAGCGGUGUGACGCGUGACACGUUGCACUCUAAGCUCCGCUCCUUCCUGGAGGCACACACAGUGGACGGGCCGCGCUACGACACCUACGUGCUGUUCUACACCGGCCACACGCACCGCACCGGGGAGUGGGCUCUCAUAGGUGGAGAAGUGCUGCAUCUGUCUGAGAUUUUGCAGAUGUGGAGGGAGAAGAACGACGGUUACUGCUCUCGUCUCAUCAUCGUGCUCGACACUGAGAACUCGCUGCCAUGGGUGAAGGAGGUGCGCAAAGUGGAUGAGGUUUAUGUAGCGGUACAGGGGGCUACGCUGGUGAACUCGAUGGACGUAGAGCUCCAGAAGCUUCCGCAGAUCGGAGAUUUCACCGCUGAGUGGGUGGAGUUCAACUGCAACCCCGACAGCGUCAUUUGCUGGGCCGAGCACGGCCGAGCUGUCAUGGCCACUUACGGUGUCUCCAGACACUGGGGGGACUACAAGCUGCACCUGCCUACAGGAAGUGACGUCGCUAAGCACUGGAGGCUGUAUUUUCCACGCUGGACAUAUCCUGUAGUGCAGCUUGCACACUGGAGCGUUUCUCUGAACCUGUUCUGGAUUUGCAGCGUGUGUCUGUGCUUCCUGCGCAGGCUUAAAUUGACGUGGUUUCCUCCUGCAGUGCUCGACACUGGCCAGGGUUUCAAACUGGUUAGGUCGUAGACGCAGAUUGUGUGUGUGUGUGUGUUCCGCUCUCACUGUUAACACUGGUAGACCUUAGCGAUUAUUAGAACUUGUAGAAUAUGAAAUUGUUUUGAUGACCCCUAGCAAUAACAGCUUCUAGUGAGAAUGAUUUGCUUGAUCUUGGGAAUUUGUGUGUGUGUGUGUGUGUGUGUGAGAGAGAGUGUGAGUGCUUUAUUGAGGGGUUUAAAAAUCUGAGCACAUGUGUAACUGACACAUUGCACAGAGGAAAUUGUAUGUUUUAAAGCAAAAACAGCAGCACUGCAAUGCAAAAGACACUAACAGGUCACUACAGGCCACACCAACAGCGCAUGAUUUCAUAUUCAACUAUUAAUACUAUUACUGAUAUUACAGCUAAUGCUGUUGUUUCUUUUUACCCUUUUUAACCACUCCCUCAGGGAUAGGGAUUAAUCCCUAAAGUUAAACACGGAGUGUUUUGUUAAAGCAAGGUUAAUGCAUUUAAUGAGCUUCUGCAUCAUCAUCAUCAUCACUACUAUGAACAAAAACAACUGAGUGUGUUGUUAUGAAGCUGUUCACGUUCCUUAUUAUUCACUAAUUCGAGUAUAACUAUGGCAUGACAAUACUGUGUGACUGAAAAGAUGAUGACAUUCAUUUUAGGUUACAAGUCACUGAGGUCACAAAUUCUGAUCAAUUUACUAAAGAUGUUCUAUUUAUAUCGACAUGUUUUGGUAAAAAAAAAAAAAAAAUUGACUGAAAAACAUUUUGUCCUUUUGUAAAUUUUGAUAUUUAUUUUUUACCUCAUAGUAAAAUUGAGCUUUAAGGGUAAUUUAGUAACACUGUGCUUUUGUAUUGAUAAAAUCCAGGAUGUAGGUCCACAGGGAGGAUUACAAGGUGAUUUAAUGACCUAACAUUAUUUGCAAAGAUGAUUUUAUAUAUAUAUAUAUAUAUAUAUAUAAGUAUUGAACUAGAAUGAAGUCUCCAGUCAUAAGUUGUUGUUUUUCUAUAAAGGGUUUUUUUGUUUUGUUUUUUGUUAUUGUUUUUUAUACAAGUGCCUUUAUUAUGACUGAGACUUCACCAAGAGGCCAGUCAUUAUCUGAAAGUGACCUUUUUAAAAAGUUGGUAUAAAAAAUCUCCUCAGAUUACCUCGGAGAUGUGUGAGGCUAAUUUGAACAAAGCUAAUUACUGUAACCUUUGUAAACUUGUUGAAAAUGCAGCAGGGUGAUGCUGAAGAUGUCAUUUCUUGCAGGUAAUAAAAGAAAUGACCAUCAGCUUUAAGCAGUUUUUUUCUUUUCUUUUUUUGCUUUAAAAAUCAGAAAUAAACUCAUAUUCCCUUUCUUGAAA